CGAAACAUUGAGAAAUGGCGAAUGGGUGUGAGAUUUGCUGUGAAAUAAUGAUCGCCAUACUCAUCCCUCCUCUCGGUGUAUGUCUGAGGCAUGGCUGUUGCACGACGGAGUUCAUGAUAUGCCUGAUCCUAACACUUUUGGGAUACGUACCGGGCAUCAUCUACGCACUUUAUGCAAUUGUGUACGUGGAUCGUGAUCAAUUCUUCGAUGAGUACCGUCGUCCACUUUUUUACGCUCAAUCACCUUAAUUUAUGCGUUUUGCUUUUUGUCUUUUUACAAUGUUC